CCGCCAUGAGUAACGAAUACGCUGAAACUGGAUUUUAUACCAACAGGAGAGAGAAAUCAACGGGUUCCAUUUGCUGCAGUUUUCUGUGUAGCCACGUCGGUCUGUUCCUGGUGGUGGCUGUGUAUGCAGUGGCUGGGGCGUAUAUAUUCAUGGAAAUUGAGAAGCCCAAUGAAAUGAAAAUGUAUGAGAGGAAGCAGCAGCGAGCCGUGCAGGUGAAGGAGACCAAGCAGUAUGUGGCAGGACUCCUGUGGUCCUACCAACAUAUUAAUUGGUAUGACAGUUACUACAGCGAACGAGUCACCUUGGCCCUGGAUGGCCUGGAGCGGCACAUCCUGAUUAGUGUUUCAAACUACAAGUAUGAUGGCACAGAGGAAGGCUGGGUGGACUCCUGGACAGUCCCCAAAUCACUCCUCCUCACCAUGACUAUUAUGUCCACUAUUGGUUAUGGUCACAUCUACCCAGUCACUGAUGAGGGCAAGAUUUUCUGCAUCUUCUAUGCCUUAGUUGGCUGUCCUCUUCUCCUUAUUUUCUUGGGCAAUCUUGGGAACUCCAUUGCUGAGACUUUUAUCUUUGUGUAUAGUCGGAUUUGCUGCCGCUGGUGUCGCUCCAGGAGGAACGAGGAAGAGCUGCCACCACACACCAGCAAGAAGCAACGCAAACUUCUUGUUGAUGAUGAAGUUGGCAAAGAAGAGUACAUGCCUACUGAGUUUUUGCAUGUACCAAUUGUCAUCAACCUGGUGCUGCUGAUGGUGUACAUCAUACUGGGCGCUGUGCUCUUCAGCUUCUGGGAGGGCUGGAAUCUCACCUCAGCAAGCUACUUCACUUUCAUCACACUCUCCACAAUUGGAUAUGGAGACAUGGUUCCUGGCAAUGCCAUACUUGCUGAUGGUGAUGGAAAUGGUGGCAUACAAAUGUCCAUCUGCAUUAUCUACAUAGUCCUCGGCAUGGCACUGCUGUCUACCUGCAUCAACCUCAUGCAAGAGCAACUUCUUGAAAAGUGUCACUGGUUAGCUAAGGAGAUUGGUCUCUCAAAGACCGAAAAUUAUGACAAAGACAAGAAUAAGACAGAAAACAGUAAAAACAAACCAACAAAGAAGAAGAAAAAUCAAUCAAGCACAAUUCCAGAAGAAGGUGAACAGAGCCUUCCACCACCUGCUACUACUCUAAGGUCUCCCUCGGAUGGAAGUUUGAGAUCAAGGCGAACGUCACAAGAUGGUGGUCCUUCCCCACCAGCUGAUUCUACCACCCUGGCCCCAUCACAGACCCUUGCCCCUAUCCAGUCUGAAUCACGUUCACCUUCACCACUUCCCACCCGCUCUAACUCUUCCACUCCCAUCCCAGGAAGUCUUGAUGGCCCGGAUUGAGUAAGGGUAUUAGAGCUUGAUGUGAUUGUAUAUAAAGUUUCUCAUCAAGAAACAAAACACUCAUGAGUUCUAAAUCUAUCAAUAACUGUUGAAUAAAAACAGCCAAUAAACAAAAGGUAAAACUCAUUUAAACAUUGUAAUCGAAGUGAGUGCAUAAAGUUAAAACUUUAACCAAGAUCAUAAAAAUACAAGUUGAUCAUACAUGCUACAUUUUUGUCUCAUUCAAUGUUGAACAGGUUUUAGAAGAUUAGUUAGUUCCUGAUUGAGAGUAAAAAUGUAAUAAAUAUGUUAAUAAGCAA